CCGCAGGAAGGGGCGGAGAGAAGACCUGGCCGCCUCCAGCUCCCCUCUCACCUCCUGGGCGCGUCUCCUAAAAGGGGGAGAGAGGAAAAGAAAUUUCCCUCACUUCUCCCGUAGUUAAUUAGCAAAACUCAUCCGCUUUGCAGAGGUUCUCAUAGCUUCAGACUCCCGGAGCUCGAGAGCUGCGGGGUCAACGCCAGUGGCUCGCAGGCCGUCCAAUGGGAGAAGACGUUGGAGGUACCCGGCCAAGUUCAGCUUCCCGAACUGCGGGGAGCUUGGCGGGCUGUCGCUGCAAGCCGGGAGUAGGCCGCAGAGGUCGCGAGUUCAGGCGUCCCGACUGCCGUGUGGCUGUCGCGAUGUUUUUCUCCCAGGCCGGGGCCCGGCCGCGGACGUGGGAAGCCAGCCAGUCGGAACACAAGAAGUGGGUGGAAGUAUUUAAAGCAUGCGAUGAAGAAAACAAAGGCUAUCUAAGCAGAGAGGACUUUAAAGUUGCUGUUGUAAUGCUGUUUGGAUACAAGCCCUCCAAGAUAGAAGCUGAUUCUGUGAUGUCCUCAGUAGAUCCAAACACUUCCGGGAUAUUACUUAAGGAGUUUUUAGACAUUGUAAGGAAAAAGAAGGAAGCUCAACUAUAUCGGAAUGAAAUAAGACACAUCUUCACAGCUUUUGACAGGCACUAUCAUGGAUAUUUAACUCUGGAAGAUUUCAAGAAAGCAUUUAAGCAGGUGGCUCCCAAGUUAUCGGAAAGGAUUAUUCUCGAGGUAUUCAGGGAAGUAGAUCAAGACUCAGAUGGUCAUGUCAGCUUUAAAGACUUCGAAUAUGCCAUGAACUACGGACAAAACUGGAGUGGAGUCAAGCCCCAGGGUGACCUUGGACCCUACCUGGUGAAGAUGGCAGAGCCUCAAGCCGCUGGGUCCCUUGAAUGAGUGUGUGAAGGAAGGUCACCUAGCAACCAGGAUGGCCCCUGUCAAAUGGCUACAGGUAGAUGUAAGAAGCAAAUGUAUAUUGUGGUUGGCCUCUGAAAUUUGGAAUUUGUUUAUUACGGCAGCUAGCUUCUUAGGCAAUUUGCAUUAUCUUAACCAAUAUGGUCAUUUAAUUUGAAGAAGUGGGGAAAAAGCUACUAACAUAAGAAUAGAGGUUACCAGGUGCACUGACAAGGGCUAACAGGACAGUUCCCAUCAAGACUAUGGAUUUCGGCACCAGACUGCAGGAUUGAAAGCCAGUUCUGCCAUUUACUGGGUAUAUAACUUUAGGCAAGUGUAUUAGCUGGGGUUCUCCAGAGAAACAGAACCAGUAGGAUGUGAUACAUAUGUAGAAAGAGAUUUAUUUUAAGCAAUUGACUUAUGUGAUUGUGGAGGGUUGGCAAGUCCAGAAUCUGAUGGGGGAGGCCAACAGGCUGGAGACACAGGUAAGAGUUGCACUUCAAAUCCAAAGGCAGUCUGUUAGUGAACCAGGAAGGGCCAGUGCUGCAGAUGGAGUCCACAGGCAGUCUGCUGGUAGAAUUUCUUCUUGCUUAGAGAGAGGUUAGCUUUUCGUUCUUUUCAGGCCUUCAGCUGAUUGGAUGAGGCCCGCCCAGCAUUAUUGAGGGCAAUCUGCUUGGCUCAAAGUCCACUGCUUUAAAUGUAAAUCUCAUCCAAAAACACUCUCAUAGAAACAUCCAGAAUAAUGUUUGACCAAAUAUCUGGGCACCAUGGCCCAGCCAAGUUGACACAUAAAAGCAACCAUCAUAGGAAGUUAAUCUCCCAGUGCCUCAGUGUUCUCAUCUGUAAAAUGGAGAUAAUAAAAGAACCUAUCCUAGUGGGUGAACAUGAAGGCUAAAUGAAUCAAUGCAUGUGUUUAGAAUAGUGUCUGCACAUAGUGCUCAGUGAGUGUUUGCUCUUGACUAUUAUUAUUAUUAAUUAGUAUUGUCAUAGGCUUUGGCUGUAUGCUUCUCUCUGAUGAAAACGCUAAGAAAAAAUGUAAGCAGGGCCACCAAGAGUAACAGGAUUGUUUGGCUAGAAACACCAGUAAUGUGAUGAGAGACUUCGCACAUUAAAAUUCUCAUAAUGUAGCAAAUGGAGACUUGCAUACUCACAUUUGCAGGCUAUAUUGGCCAGUUCUUCAUUAGUCAGUGGCUAUUUUUUUCUUGUUAUUCCAUGAAUAAAUUUUAAUAUAUUCAACUUUCCCCAUAAACUGCUUAUUUACUGUUCAUAUUAAUGCAAUAUAGCAAAAACAUUUACAUGACUGGAAUCUUUUGCAGUCUACUAGAGCAUUUCUCUUGCAUUUCUUUCCCUUCAUUUCUGGUGAGAAAAUUCAUUUUUGCUCUACGUGUUUUUGAAUUAACUGUCACUCCUCAGGAAUGCAAUAUCAGCAUAAAUCAAGAAGCUGAUGUGGAGUGGAAUGAUUAAGAAUCUGGCUUGUGGCUGGGCAAAAUUGGGCGUGAGCCUUUCCAAGCCCUGGCUUCUUCACAGAGUGUUGUUGUGAGGACGGAAUGGUGAGUCUCAGCACAGUGCCUGGCCCUCAGGAAGCACUCGAUGAAUGGGAACUAUGAUGAUUCCUUUCAUUAGGAAUUCUCUGUAUUGUUGUUACAAUGUUCCACCUUGCGCUGGGGAGACCUAGCAUCCUGGGUCCCUGAAUGACUGUGUGGAGGAAGCAACUAGGAUCACCACUGUCAAACUGUUACACAUGCAAGGAGUCAACUAUUGUGGUUAAACUUCUAAAUUUGAGGUUUGCUCAGAAUUCCAAAGGAUGCAUGCACCUAUUUACAAUAGCCAGGACGUGGAAGCAGCCUGAAUGUUCAUUGACAGAGGAAUGGGUAAAGAAGAUGUGGUAAUAUAUAAGUGGAAUAUUACUCAGCUAUAAAAAGGAACAAAAGAGUGCUAUUUGCAGAGAUGUGGAUGGACCUAGAGAUUGUCAUACAGGGUGAAGUAAGUCAGAAAGAGAAAAACAAAUAUCAUAUAACAUCGCUUAUAUGUGGAAUCUAGAAAAAUGGUACAGAUGAACUUAUUUGCAAAGCAGAAAUAGAGUCACAGAUGUAGAGAAAAAACUUACAGUUACAAAGGGGGGAAGGGGAGGUGGGAUGAAUUGGGAGAUUGGGAUUGACAUAUAUACACUACUAUGUGUAAAAUAGAUAACUAAGGAGAACAUACUGUAUAGCACAGGGAACUCUACUCAGUGCUCUGUGGUGACCUAAAUGGGAAGGAAAUAUAAAAAAGAGUGGAUAUAUGUAUAUGUAUAACUGAUUCACUUUGCUGCACAGAAGAAACUAACACAACAUUUUAAAGCAACUAUACUCCAAUAAAAAUUAAUGAAAAAUAAAUAAAUUUGGGGUUUGCUUAUUAUAGCACCCAGCUUGUUAGGCACAGUGCCUCACCUUAACCCAGUGGUCCCCAACCUUUUUGGCACCAGGGACCGGUUUUGUGGAAAACAGUUUUUCCACAGAUGGGGAGGGGAUGGUUCAGGCAGUAAUGUGAUAGAUGGGGAGCAAUGGGGAGCAGCAGCUGCCACUCAUUUCCUGCUGUGCGGCCUGAUUCCUAACAGGCCGAGGACCACUAUGGGUCCGCAGCCCGGGGAUUGGGGACCCCCGCCUUAACCAGCAUGGUCAGUUAAUAUUCAAGAAGGUCACUGGCCAUUCGUGAUAUCCUCUCCACCUCCACAGGCUUCAAAGGCCUUGAGCUGCUAUAGAAAGUGUCUGCUACACAGCUUGUUUACUCUCUGUAUCUACUAGCCAGUGUCAAUGCUUCUCUUCUUAUGGAAAUGUCUUCCUUUCCCAAAUAGACAAUAUCAUAGGUAUUGAUUUCAGGGUACAAGAAAUGUGUCUUUCUUUAUUCAGUUCCUUUCUUGAGUUUCCAUGCUUCUGACAUAGCAGAAAAGGAAUUCUAUUUCAUUGGGGGUUUUCCUAAUUUCUUUUGGAGUUCCAUCUAAGUUUUAGGUUGUGGGGAUGGGCAUCUUCAAUAUCAUCAUCGGAUGCAGGCAUUCUCGUUUCUGUUUGGGAUUUCAUUGUCAGUUAACUGGGGAUUUUUCACUCAUUCUUGACUGUAGGGCUUCCCUCCAUUGGUCCAAGACUCAGCAUUUUCAUGCUGCUUAUAGGUAUGUGAGGAUAAAGAAGCUUAUGUGAGAGUCCAGGGUGUAUAGAAAUUUGUUUGUGGGUCAGUCGGUAGAAGAAGGUACUAAGGACAAAAAAAAAAAAAAAUCAGUUAAUAUUUUAAUAUUUCCAAAGUAUAAUUCCACCACAAGCAGAGAGCCCCUUGAGGGAAGGAAUUGUAUCUUGACCAUAUUCUGGUACCCUGUCCAGCAAAUCAAGUUGACCUCAUUAAAUAUUCCCGCUGCCAUUAACUAAUAAAGAACAGUCAAUGGGCCAUAGAAACAGAGGAAGAAAAGAUUUCCAGUCUUUUUGGAAACAGUAACUUUAAGCAUGGGAAAGCACUGUUACGUGUUGGACGUGGCCACCUCCUCCCAAAUUCAUAUGUGGAAGCCCCAACCCCCAGGACCUCAAAAUGUGACUAUAUUUGGAGAUAGGGUCUUUAAAGAGGUGACUAAAAGUUAAAAUGAGGUUACUAAGGUGGGCACCAAUCCAACAUAACUCGUGUUCUUAAAGAAGAGAUUAGAUUACAGGCACACACGAAGGGAAGACCAUGUGAAAACAUACAAAGUUCAUUUUGUCAUCAGCAGUGGCUGCCAAGACCAAAAGAAGGCCGUGCUUUAAUUUGACUGUAAGAUUGAGCUGGGUCUUCAGUUCUACGCUUAAGGAGGUUUUUUUUAAAAAAGUCAUGUUAUGGAAGCAACCUAAGUGUCCAUCGACAGAUGAAUGGAUAAAGAAGAUGUAGCACAUAUAUACAAUGGAAUAUUACUCAGCCACAAAAUGAAACGAUGUUGAGUUAUCUGUAGUCAGCUGGCUGGACCUAGAAUCUGUCAUACAGAGUGAAGUAAGUCAGAAAGAGAAAAACAAAUACCGUAUGCUAACACAUAUAUAUGGAAUCCAAAAACAAAAAAAGGUUCUGAAGAACCUAGGGUCAGGACAGGAAUAAAGACGCAGAGCUAGAGAAUGGACUUGAGGACACGGGAAGGGGGAAGGGUAAGCUGGGAUGAAGUAAGAGAGUGACAUGGACAUAUAUACACUAGAGGGGUGGAAUAGGGAGGGUGGGAGGGAGGGAGACGCAAGAGGGAAGAGAUAUGGGAACAUAUGUAUAUGUAUAGCUGAUUCACUUUGUUAUAAAGCAGGAACUAACAUACCAUUGUAAAGCAAUUAUACUCCAAUAAAGAUGUUAAAAAAAAGUCAUGCUAUAUAAAUUUGUUUCUCAAUAUGCAAAGUUGCACACAUUAUAUUCUGCCUCUAGCCAUGUUGGAAUAACCAGUACUAUUUGUUCCCUUCCUGCCAUAAACAACUAGACAACUGGAUAAAAUAUAUGAUACAAUUAUUUUCAGAUGUUGGACAGCAGGACUGUAAUCCCUGAGGGAAGGGAAACAAAACAAGGUGAAAGAAGCACGAGGGAGCCAUAAACAGAAACAUUCUCAGCAUUCACGAUUAUCUGGAAGACAGUUGAGUUCCACCCAGUCAGCGUGGAGAAAUCUCACUGACCACUGCCUUGGUUUUCUGCAGCUGCUGUAACAAAUUACUCUCAAUGUAGUGGUUUAAAACAACACAAAUGUAUUAACUUACAGUUCUGUAGACCAGAAGUCUGACACGGAUCUCACUGGGGUAAGACCCAAAUGCGGGUAUGAUGCAUUCCUUUCUGGAGGAUCUGGGGAAGAAUCUGUUUCUUUGCAUUUUUUCCCUCCUGGGAACCACCCACUGUUUUUUGACUCAUGGCCUCUUUCCUCUGUCUUCAAAGUCAACAACAUUGAGCUGCGUCCUUCUCACACUCUGUCUCUCUGGUUCUCUCUUCUGCCUCCCUCUUCAGCUUUUAAAGACCCUUGAACCCACCUAGAUAACCCAGGAUAAUCUCCCUAAUUUAAAGUCAGCUGAUUAGCAAAACUUAAUUCUUAAACCCUAUUUCCCCUUUGUCAUUUAACUUAAUUAUUCCCAGGUUCCAGGAAUUAGGAUGUGGACAUUUGGGGAGGCCAUUAUUUUGCUUAUUACAACCACUGAGGCAUUUACUAGAGACCUCAGAACAGUUAGGCCAUAGUAGUAGAGAUAAAUUAACCCUAAAACAGUGGAUGUUCUAGAUUUGACCUAACAAAGCUUGAAAAUAAAAAAAAUUAAGCUAGUCCAUAAGUAAAUUAAUGCUUGUCAAAAUAAACAUCAAUACUCUAAAGAAAGACAACAAAAGCCAGACACAAAACAAUGUGAAAUUUAAGAUCACAUCAAGGGGCUUCCCUGGUGGUGCAGUGGUUAAGAAUCUACCUGCCAAUGCAGGGGACACAGGUUCAAGCCCUGGUCCGGGAAGAUCCCACAUGCCGCGAAGCAAUGAAGCCCCUGAGCCACAACUACUGAGCCUGCACUCUAGACCCCUCGAGCCACAACUACUGAAGCCUGUGCCUAGAGCCCAUGCUCCCCAGCAAGAGAAGCCACUGCAAUGAGAAGCCCGCGGACUGCAACAAAGAGUAGCCCCUGCUCGCUGCAACUAGAGAAAGCCUGCAUGCUGUAGUGAAGACCCAACGCAGCCAAAAAUAAAUUAAUUAAUUAAUUAAUUAAAAAAAUUUUAAAUCACAGUCAAAAGUUACUAAACAUUCAAAGAAGCAAGAUGGUAUGAUUCAUAAUCAGGAGAAAAAUUAAUCAUAAGAAACAGACCCAGAAAUGAUAGCAAUAAUGGAAUCAUCAAACAAAAACUUUAAAAUAGCUCAUAUUAAUAUGUUUAAGAAAUCAAAGGAAAACAUGAUCAUACUGAGGAGAGAAAUACAAACUAUAAAAAAAGAAAUGAAUGGAAUUUCAAUGGAACCAAAUGAAGUGAAGAAUUCACUGGACAAGUUUUACAAGAGAUUGGACACUAUAGAAAAAAAAAGAUCAGUGAACUUGAAGAAAUCACAAAGGAAACUAUCUAGGCUGAAACACAGAGAAGAAAAAAAUGAAAAGAGCUUUAGUGACCUGUGGAACAAGAUUAAGUGGUCUAACAUAUAUAAAAUGGGAGUACCAGAAAAGGGGGGACAGAAAUGCUAUUUGAAGAAAUAAUGGCCAAAAUUUUCCCAAGUUUAAGGAAAACUAUAAAUGUAUAGAUUCAAGAGCCUCAAUGAAUCCCAAGCAGAAAAUAUACAAAUAAAAACACAUCACAAGUUACUGAAAACCAGUGAUAAAAGAGUUACUAAAAGGAGCCAGAAAGAGAGACAUAUUACAUAUACGGAGCAAAGACGAGGAUGCUCACAGACUUCUUGUCAGGAACAAUGCAAGCUAGAAGACAAGGAAAAUGUGUUCUUAUAGAGAUGGAAGGGGAAAAAAAAGGUUAAAGUAGAAUUCUAUAUCUAGAAAAAAUAAUCUUCAAAAUGGAAGCAAAACAAGGCUUUUUAUCCGGGAGACCUACACCAUAAGAAAUGUUAAAGGAAACGUUUCAGGCUGAAGGAAAAAUGAUACCAGUUGGAGGCUUGGCUCUAAACGAAGGGAAGAACACUGAAGUGGUGAAUGUGUGUAUAAAUACAAAAUAAGUGUCUCCCUAAUUUAAAAUUUUCUUUUAAAAAGAAUUGACCAUUUAAGGAAAAAAAUAAUAGCAUUGUAUUGUGAGGGUUAUUAUAUAUGUAGAAGUAAAAUGAAUGACAACAAUUGUUUAAAUGACCCCAAGGGAGAAAUGGAAGUACAGCUAUUGUGUGGUUCUUAGGGUACAUAUUAGUGGUAUAUUACGAUUUGAGAGUAGACUGUGAUGUUAAAGGUGCUUAUUGUGAACUCUAUACUCCAUCAAAAAAAUAAGGCAAGUAGAUACUGAUAAUAAGCCAAUAGAGAGAAAAUAGAAUCUAAAAAUAAUCUAAAAGAUAGCAUGAAAAGAGGAAAAAAUACAAAUAACCAAGUAGAAAAUAAAAUAGUAAGGUUGGACUUAGCUCCAACCAUAUCACAAACUACAUUAAAUAAAAAUACUUUAAUUAAAAGUCAAACUGGAUAAGAAAGUAAAACCCAGUGGAACAUUGCCUACAAGAGAUCUAAUUUAAAUAUAAAGGAAUGGAAAAAGAUAUACUAUACAAACAUUAAUAAUAAGAAAGCUGAGUGUCUAUAUUAAUAUCAGACAAGGUGAACUUCAGGAUAAAGAAUAUAGCCAGAGAAAAAGAGGAACAAUUCACAAUGAUAAAGGAUCAUUCAUUAAAAAAACAUAACGGUUCUACAUGAGUAUACACCUAUUCACAGAGCUUCACAUACACAAAGCAAACUCUAAAAGAACUGAGAAAAGAUUUUACACCUCACGGUUAUGAGUGUUUUCAAAACUAA